AUGGGUGUUGGGCAGCAAGACUUGGAUUAUGAUGUUAUCAUCAUCGGUGCCGGGAUCGCCGGGAUCAACUUCGCCUACCGGCUGCAAGAACGCAAUCCCGAACUGAGCUACUGCAUUCUGGAGGAACGACACGAAAUUGGAGGCACAUGGAGUCUAUUUCAAUAUCCUGGUAUCCGAUCGGACUCAGAUUUGUUCACCUUCGGGUUUGCAUGGCGGCCCUGGACCGAAAGGCAAUCAAUAGCGAAAGGCUCGUUGAUUUCCGAAUACAUGCGCAAAUGCGCAGCGGAAGAGGGUAUCGACAAAAAGAUCAAAUUUAAUCACCGAGUCAACCGAAUGUCCUGGUCCAGCGAGUCCAAGACCUGGAUGCUGGACCUGAUCGACGAUAAGAUAUCGCCGACCAACAUCCAGUGCCGCUUCAUUCUUCUUGGGGCGGGUUGCUACGACUAUCACCAGCCGCUUCAAACAGAUAUUCCUGGGAUUCGGAAUUUUACUGGAACCCUGGUGCACCCACAGUAUUGGCCCACGGACCUCGACUACAAGGACAAGAAAGUGGUCAUCAUUGGCUCCGGUGCGACAGCCAUUACACUGCUUCCGAACGUUGCGAAGGAGGCAAAGCACGUUAUGAUGCUCCAACGCUCCCCGAGCUAUAUCCUAUCGGUCAAAAGCGAGGACCCCGUUGACAAAUUCCUUUUGUUCUUGUUUCCGGAAACUCUGGCCCGGAAACUCAUUCGGUUCAAAUGGAUUUUUGUUCCAUUUCUACUGUCGAAUUUUUGCCGGCUCUUUCCCCAAGUGGCCCGUAAGAUGUUGAUGGCAGUAACCGCCAAACAGCUUCCGAAAGGCAUGCCUCUGAACCCUAACUUUACCCCCAGGUACAAUCCGUGGGAGCAGCGAAUGUGCAUGUGCCCAGAGGCCGAUUUCUACGAAAGCAUUCGGGCAGGCAAGGCUGACGUGAAGACUGACGUGAUUGCGAAAGUCACUGAAACAAGUAUCCAGCUCCAAUCAGGCGAUGAACUGCAUCCCGACAUCAUUGUCACGGCCACUGGUUUGAAGUUGAGCAUGGCUGGCGGAAUUAAGAUCUCUGUUGAUGACUCAGAGUAUGACAUUGGCGAAAAUUUCAUGUGGAGAUUUGCGAUGAUGGAAAACCUGCCGAACACGAUUUUCGCAAUAGGAUAUAUAGACGCUAGCUGGACCCUCGGUGCCGACGUGGCAGCCACAUUGGCAUGCCGAGUGUUGAAGGCGAUGGAGAAGGACAACGCUACGAUGGUGGUGCCCCGAAUGGAAGCCGAGGAUAAGAAGCACAUCAAGACGUUACCGACCCUGAACUUGAAGUCUACCUAUGUUCAGAAAGCAAAGAGCGUCCUGCCGAAGGUGGGAGACCGCUCUGUCUGGAAACCAAGAUCCUACUAUUGGAAGGACAUAACACUAGCUGAGUACGGGAGCCUCCAGAAGGGAUUGGAGUGGACAAGAUGA